AUGCCCAAGAGAAACGGUGAAGGAGACGCUAAGGGAGAGAAGACCAAAGUUAAGGAUGAACCACAGAGGAGAGCGACACGGUUAUCUAUUAAACCUGCUCCUCCGAAGCCAGUACCCAAACCCAAAAAGGCACCUGAAAAGAAGGGAGAGAAAUUACCCAGAGGGAAAAAGGGAAAGGCUGACUCCGGUAAGCAUGGGAACAACCUUGCAGAGAAUGGAGGUGUCAAAACAGACCAGGCACAGAAAGCUGAAGGUGCAGGAGAUGCCAAGUGAAUUGUGUGAAUUUUUGAU